CUCUUAAUACUAUUUGUUUACCUGGUAGGAAAAAAGAAGAGUAUUUUCAUCAAAAUGAAACCUUCUCUUAGCAAAGCUCAAAGUAAUUCACGAAAAGCAGAAUCUCGUUCUAUUGACAAAUUGAUUCAACAUGCGGAGGAGCUUAUGGAUCGAUUUGAAUUCGAUGCUGCAAAACAAUUUGUUGAUAGAGCUUUGGUUCAAGAGCCCGAAAACGAGAGAGCCUUGACACUUGCUGGUAUUAUUUGCUUAGAAACUAACGACUUUGAUGGAGCCAGAGAGAAUUUUCAACAAGCCAUUGAGAUCAGCCCUGACGAGGGUCAUUCCAAAUAUAUGUAUAAUGGCCAACUUUUAACGGGAAUGGAUGCUGUAAAUUGUUUUCAAAAGGGAUGUGAAAUAAUGGAGAAAAAAAUUGAUGAACAAAAGAAUGAAGCCUGCGAAGCGGAAAUUUCAGAAAUGGAUUUAUCUAGUGGCUUUUGUUCAAUUGCUGAAAUUUAUAUGACGGAUGAAUGUAUGUCGGAUGAAGCUGAAAAGGCAUGUGAAGAGGCAAUUAACAAAGCCAUAGAGAUUUGUAAUGAAAACGCUGAUGCUCAUGCCUUAUUGGCUAGUUUCAAGUUGUCUCAAAACGACCCUCAGUCUGCUCGCCAAAGUAUCGAAAAAAGUGUAUCCAUAUGGUUACCUAGUUAUAAAAAUGUAAUGGAAAAUGACUCCAUGGAAGAUCCACUUGAACCCUGCCCUGUUCCGUACAAUGCUCGAGUCAAUUCUGCAAAACUUCUAAUUGAAGUAGAACAAUACGAAAUGGCUGUUGAAAUUUUAGAUUUGUUAUUGGAAGAAGAAGAAAAUGUUGUUGAAGUUUGGUAUUUGUUAGGCUGGCUAUAUAAAUUAAAGGGUGCUGGAUUUGAAAAAAAUGCCAAAUUUUAUUUAGAAAAUACACAAAAGGUCGCAAAAAGUGUUCAAUACGAAGACAAAGCUGUCCUUGAACACGUUAAAAAUAUGAUUGCCGAAUUGGGAGAAUUAAGCGAAAGUGAAUCAGAAGGCGAAGAGAACGAAAAUGCCUCAGAAAACGAAGACGAGAGUGAGAGUCCUAUGCAAAUUAGCUAG